AUGGCUGGAAAGAGAACAAGCACCACAAGACCUCGGGCAGAGCCCUCCAGGAGAGGAAGGCCGAGGAGGGCCGUGCGGAGCACGUACGCGGCCGUGGAGGGAGAAGGUUCUGAGGGCGGGCAGCCAGAGAACGAGCAGCCGGAAACACGCCAGGAACCUCCUCCCGCCGCGGGCCCGACGCAACCCACGGCCACGCAAGAGCUCCAGCAGCUGCAAACGCAGUUGCAGAACCUUCAGCAAGAGCGAGACCGGAUCGCUGCUGCCUACGCCGCCAGCCAAGAAGCAGCGGUGGCCGCGACGCAAGCGGCCGAGAUCAGGCAGCAGCUUUCACUUCUGCAGGCAGAAAUCCUCAGCAUGCAACCUCCACCUCAGCCGACGAUCCAGCCCGCUGUUCUGACCAGCGCCGGCCCGACAUUAGAUGUGCAACCGGCAAACUACGGUGGCAUGCUGCGGGGCACGUUGGACCUUCGUUCCCCCUUGUCCGAAGGAUUGCAGACCUCGCCUUGGCCAAAAACCUACAAACCUAUCACGCUCCCUAAAUUCAGCGGAAAGGCAGACCCGCGCCAAUUCCUGAUGAGUUUCGAGGCAGUCGUGGCCUCAGCUGGAGGGAAUGAAACUGUGAUGGCAAAAUCCUUCGUGAUCGCAGCCGAGGGAGAUGCCUUGGCGUGGUACUCGAUGCUCAGACCCGGGUCAAUCUAUUCAUGGGAGAACCUUCGAGACAAGAUUUUAGCGAAUUUCCAAGGAUUCGCGGUUGAAUCACUAACCUCCACGGACCUGUUCCAGUGUCGUCAGAAUCAGGGAGAGGCACUGCGGGAGUACUUCCAAAGGUUCGUGCAGACUAAGGCGAGAGCACCCGGUGUGCCGGAGGAGGUUGCCAUUGAAGCGGCCAUCAAGGGUCUUCGCAUAGGGCCCUUCGCGGCUCAUUUGGCCAGAGAAAAGCCAGCAUCCAUGCACGAGCUGUACCACGAGUUUGAGAAGUAUUGCAGGUCAGACAACGACUACCGCAAAAGGUUGGAAGACCAAAACUCUCAGAAGAGGCAGAGCAAUGAUAGAAAUUCACAGAAGAAGAACCUCAGCCAGGAUGAACGCCGGCCACAGCGAGAGGCUGGUGGACAGAUGAUGAAUAUCGAGCAACCGAAAAAUGACAGUAUUGCUUCUUCCAUGGAGAGGAGAAGGGUCACUCCACCAGAGAUUGCCCAGAUGCAAAAGAAACUCAGGAGAGGAUCAAGAGCAGGUCAGCUCCGCAACCUCCGAUACCAGUUGCUCAACCUCGGGAAGUAA